AUUAGCCAGCAAUAGAAGCGGAACAUUCAAGAGAAGUGCUCGUUUUGUGCCGUACAGUCAAGUGGUACCCAAGAGGAAAGAAACUGGGACAGAAGACAGAAGAAAAGAAAAGAAGGUAGCAUUAACUCUGCAAGUAGGCUACUCGCUACUGGAGGAAUUAAUACUGGUCCAUCGUGGCAGUGUGGCACAAUUUCUCUUGUGACUGAUCUUUGAAGGGCUGCGGCAAGGAUAUUGUGUGAAGCGUACACAUACAAACACACACACACACACACACGCGCAUACACACACACACACACGCACACACACACACACCCGCACCCCACACACACACACAUACACACACACAGGACUUGGAUAAUUGCCGCUGAAAGCAUGGAGCCUGCCCAGACGGAGAUGAGUAUGAUUCCUAAUGGGAAGGGGCACGAAGUGGAGGACAACGCCGUAUCCAUGAAAGUACUGCCAGAAGCAACAGACCAAAAUUGUACCGAAAAUGUCAGUCCUUGCAGGUUGGACAGUGGACAGCAAAAUAUGGCAGAAAGUCAAGAGUUCCUGUCUGCCAUGGACAACAAGAACACUGUGGGCUUCACUGAUUUUGAGGGAAAGACGUCCUUUGGAAUGUCUGUGUUCAACCUGGGAAAUGCUAUCAUGGGCAGUGGAAUUCUGGGAUUGGCAUAUGCCAUGGCCAACACUGGCGUCAUCCUCUUCCUGUUCCUCCUCACUGUGGUGGCUGGUCUCUCAUCCUACUCCAUUCAUCUGCUGCUAAAGUCCUCAGGAAUCGUGGGUAUUCGGGCCUAUGAGCAGUUGGGUUACAGGGCCUUUGGUGUGCCGGGCAAGAUGGCUGCCGGGAUUGCCAUCACCUUGCAAAACAUUGGAGCCAUGUCCAGCUACCUGUACAUUGUGAAGUAUGAGUUCCCGUUGGUCAUACGGGCCUUUCUGGGGCCUGACACCCCUUCCAGUGAUGAGUGGUUCUUGAACGGUAAUUACCUGGUCAUCAUAGUGUCCAUCUGCAUCAUCCUGCCCCUAGCCUUGAUGAAGCAGCUGGGUUACCUGGGCUACACUAGUGGCUUCUCCCUGAGCUGCAUGGUGUUCUUCCUCAUUGCGGUGAUCUAUAAGAAGUUCCAGGUGCCCUGCCCCUUCGAGGACUACUCCUAUAACAACACCCUGGCUCUGAACUCCAGCCUAGCAGUUCACACCUCUGGGGUCUCCAAUGCGAACAACUCAGCCUGUGCCCCGAAAAUGUUCACCAUGAACUCACAGACAGCCUACACCAUCCCCAUCUUGGCUUUUGCCUUUGUGUGCCACCCCGAGGUCCUGCCAAUCUACACUGAGCUGCGAAACCCCACCAAGAAGAGGAUGCAGCAUGUCGCCAACAUCUCCAUCGCAGUCAUGUACACUAUGUACUUCCUGGCCGCUCUGUUCGGAUACUUGACGUUCUAUGGUAAGGUGGAGGCGGAGCUGCUGCACACCUACAGCCGCAUUGACCCGUACGACACGCUGAUCCUGUGUGUGCGUCUGGCUGUGCUGACGGCUGUCACUCUCACUGUACCCAUCGUCCUGUUCCCGGUGCGAAGGGCGCUCCAGCAGAUGCUCUUUCCCAAUAAGACCUUCAACUGGCUGCGUCACAUCAUCAUCGCCAUCAUCCUCAUCACCUUCAUCAACCUGCUGGUCAUCUUUGCCCCCAACAUCCUGGGCAUCUUCGGGAUCAUAGGUGCCACCUCGGCUCCCUGCCUCAUCUUCAUCUUCCCCGCCGUCUUCUACAUCCGCAUCGUGCCCAAGGAGGAGGAGCCCAUAUCCUCCACCCCCAAAAUCCUGGCCGUUUGCUUCGCCAUCCUCGGCCUCCUCUUCAUGAUCAUGAGCCUCAGCUUCAUCUUCAUCGAUUGGACGUCAGGGAACAAAUCGCCCAAUGGUCAUUAGGCUCCACCCACUGCCUGCAGGCUUUUCUGUACUUUUAGAAUCAUACAUACUUUUUAUUUUUUAUUUUUUGGUUUGUAUUAUAAUGGAUGCACUAUCUCUUCAGAUGGAAAGUACAGGCCAAAACAAGGCAUACCAAACCCUCAUAUAAUGUAUCCCACUGAAGUGUGGCUGUUCAGGGACAAGUCUAGCCAGGCUGGACACAACAGGGUCCAUACACUAUCAUCACCCCUGAGCCACACAAAACCAACAGCCUGGCAGUCCACAUACCUUGUGUGUUGGCUGUCAGGAUCAACUCAUGAGCAAGGGCAGGUAUUUUAGUCUAGCAUACAGGACAGUGGGGUAUUCAGGAUUGGUGGGGUGGGCAGCAUAGUGAAGGGAGUUUUUGUUUUUAACUUGAAGAUUCUGGGUCUGUAGACAGUGCUGAGAGACUGCUGGGCUCGAGUUUAAAUCACUCAGAUUUUAACAUGACAGCUCUCAGCACUCCAAGGCCUUCUAACCCCAUAUCACUAGAAAUGCUCAUCACAUUUGUCUGAAUGCAGACAAAUGACUUAUCAAGCCAUAUUAACUGGUGUGAACAAAUCCAUUUUUAAAUAUUCAUUUUUACAUAAGGAGAAAUGGUGUUAAUGCAUGUGUUGACGCUGUUCUUUUGCUGCUAAGCAAUACUAAGGGUCUGCUUUGAGGAGCACUUUUCAUCCCUUGUUGAGGAUCGCAGAGCGCUUUGCGGUGAUUGGUUAACACACCUCAACCGCCACCAGUGUCCACUGUCCUCCAGGAUGCAUGACCAGCCAUUUUCACACCCUGAUGUUGUCAUGGUGAUUUAAAGUUUUACGCGGUGAGCGGAGACGUAGGUUUGGGGAUCAUGGGACCUGUGGGUGGCCAUGCACAUGUACCAAAGUUUUCCUUUUCUCAACACAGGGCAGAGACAAGAUGGCCCGUCAAUCUUUCAGGAAUAAGAGGUAGUGCAUCCUAGCAAAAUCAGAGCAGACAUAGAAACUUGGCUUGUUGAAACCUCCUCUUCCCUGAUCUGUCUCCCUGCUCCUCUACCUUCUCCCCUUAACCUUUGGCCUCACAACCUACAGUUAGUACAACAGGAGCUAUGUUGGAGCCCAUGUUGGUUAUAAGCCUACACUACAUGUGGAGGGAAUAGGUGGAGCAUUAUGUAGUAUUUUUUAAGGUUAUUUUCUCAGUAAGAGGGGAAUACAGUGUGCAAUAGCUGAAGUAAAUCAGGUAGUGGAAGCUAUUGGACAGAGUGAGAGUGCUGCCGGGGGUCUUUCAACUCCCUAAAUGUCCUCCAUCAUGGCCAGAGGUGCUCUCGUUGUUAACACUGUCCCUUCCUCCCAUGUGUCUGUAAGAAAGAACCUUAUAUAUUUUGAAUAUAAGAUUACUACAGAUUUUAAUAUAUGUAUUUGCAUUUUAUUUUUGCUUUGUCUCAAGACAAAUACAUGGAGUUCACAGUUUUUUCAUACCAGCCUUGUCUGCCAUAGUGUACCAGAGUCUCUCAGUGUCUGUCUGGUUCUUAGUGUUACAGAAACAUUGCAUCAGAGUAGUUUUCACAUGCAGACUUCCAGAGCAUUUCUGUUGUAACCAGGCCAGUGAGGUCACUUCCUGGAAACAGGCACAGGGACAGGCAGGUCCUGAAUCAAAUGAACAGUGACCUUAGCCCAGGGCUGUCACAAGUAAUUAGAGUGAACCAAAAUAUAUACAUAUAAAACAAAUAUAGAAUAAACACAGAACACUAUGUGCACAAGGAGAUUGGAGGAUGAUAGCUGUAAAUAUUCUGAUGUCGAAGGCGAGUUUGAUUCUUUCCUGGAGGCUUAGUCAUAUUGGUACAGCAGAUGCACCAUGCUGUGCACGUGUCUUUGUUGAACCAGCGUCAUUUUAACAUUCCUGCACCGUAGGGGAUUAGCUAGAGCACUUUCAGCUGAAAAGCACAAUUUACACUUAAUUAAUCAAUUGACAGAUUAUAUUUGUACAUGAAUAAUGAUUUCAUGUUUUUUAAUAGAUGUACAUUUAAGCACACGUCUUUGUAAUACUAAUCUUGAACCAUUAAACAAUGAAAUGGUUCAUUCUUGAACAAAGUCAUAUGUAUACUAAUUUAAAAUAUAAUGGUUCCAAGCUCAUAGUGUUACACAGUACCAUGAGUUUUCAAAUGUAUUUUCAAAAUACUUGGAAGUCACUUUUUUUUAUCUGCCAUCUGUUCAAAAAUCAAUUUUUGAUAUGAGUACAGUUGUAGAGAAAAAAAUGUGGUUCAUUUGAUGUAUUCUAACAGAUUGUAUCUGUGCUUGUAUUUAAAGAGAGUAUUCUGUGGUUUUUGCAAUAGGAGGACUUCUGCUCUGUAUUGCGAAGCCAUCAGUGAACAAUGGUGAACAGGAUUUACUCUAAGUAUGCUAGUGCCCUCAAGUGGAAAGUAACUGUUAGGGGUGCACUACACUGUUCAUGGUGAGGCCUGGAAUGAGUCAUACUAUGCCAUACUAUGUCACUUCUAUUUCAUAUGAUGGCCAUGUUUAUGGCCAUUUUCAGCAUUAACAUUACUGUCAUUACAUGUUUGGAUUCGUAGUGCAUUGGAUUCUCCUUUGUAUGAAGUCAUUCUUUUCAUCAGACACCGUACACCUGAAAGUGAUGGAAACCCUUGUCAAUCCAUCCAGUUUUGAACCCAGACUGAUGUAAUUUUUAGACAGAUGUGCUGUGAGAUCUUGUGGCCCUUUAAACCCCUAACACAGAGGUAACACCCCCUGUGCAAGUGUCAGUCAAGUGUCAGUUCCUGGUUUUCUACCUAGACUUCUCUGGAGAUUUGUGAUGAAUUGCUGUUUUCUAAGCUGCAGUGGGUGCUGUAAUAUUGUAUGUAAAGUGUUGCGUCAUCUUUUUUGGUCAAAUUGAAUGGUUUUCUAGCACAACCUCCAUGACCACUGAUAUCCUUUGACUGCACUUCCCCUCAUCCUCAGUAUCUCCUACAUUGUCAGUAUGCUAGUCACUUUCUCUGUCCUUGGAUGCCAUGCCCUACUGACUAAUUCAAUAGUUUGAUAACCUGGAUUUAUGUUUUAAAAUUGGAAAUAGGAUAUUAAAAUAUUACAAUUUUGCAUAUUCAUUUAAAAAGUGUAGUUGCAUGAAUUGCAUAGUUUAGUAGGCUGGGGAAAUAUUUGAAUGCACAGGGUAUAUCCACUAAGGAUAGUAUUAUGGACACUUUUCUAACGACUCCUUUAAUUUUUAAUUAUAAGCCAGGAAUCAUAUCAUACACAAACAUAAGAGUAUUUAAUAAAACAUUAUUUUUUAAUGGCCGAUUGCAUUUCAUUUAUUUUUGCUUCAGUGGAUGUUUUCCAAUUUGGCCUGUUCCAGAGAGGUAAACAAUCCUUUCCAUUUCAGUCCUUGAUGGAUUUUUGACCUAGCCACUUCAUUUAAAUUGGACUAAAGUGCAAUGAACAGUAAUGGUGGGUUUAACUUCUGUUUCACACCUGAGCAUUUGGGGGUGGCAUCCUCAAACUGUCUAUAUGAGACUCCUUACCCAGACAACGUCCUCAAACUGUCCUCUGGUUUUGCCAUGCUUGUCUGGUAAUUGGGUCUUUGUCCUUUGUUUAGAUUUUUCGUUUGUGAUUUACUUAACAACAUGACAAUAAGUUAAUAACUAACUUGUGUGAUUUUUGGACUUACCUGGCAGCAUGUAUAAAUAAUGUAUAUAAAUGUAAACCCUUUAUAUUCUCUUGAUGCAUAUCUAACUGUGUAAAUAGCCUGGAUAUAUUUAGUUUGACAAUAAAAAAUAAUAAUUAAAAACAUAAUAAAAAACCAAAUGUAAUCAUUUUUAAAACUAUAAAAAUAGUUAUACGUUUGUGUUCCCCUGUUUAUUGAAAUACCAGCAGUUACUGUACUGUGAACAAUGUUGCAAUAAAGAAAACAGUUUAAAAAACAA